GCCCAUACCGCACAUCGCCCUCAUCGUCGCGCCCGCCGCUCUCCGCCCUCAUCCUCAAGAUCCCCAUUCUCACCAUUCAAAAUGCCUGGUGUACGUGAUAUCAGCGCAGAAGCUUUCAUUACCGCAUACGCCUCCCACCUCAAGCGUUCGGGCAAGCUCGAGGUGCCCACUUGGGUUGACAUUGUCAAGACAGGUGCCUACAAAGAACUCGCUCCCUACGACCCCGACUGGUACUACGUCCGCUCAGCCGCUGUCGCACGGCAUAUCUACCUUCGCAAAGAUGUCGGGAUCGGUGCCCUGACAAAGCUCCAUGGUGGCCGAAACCGUCGCGGAAACCGUCCCUCACACCACGGCGAUGCGUCUGCCUCUGUGCAGCGCAAGGUUUGUCAGUCUCUCGAGAAGAUUGGUGUCCUCGAGAAGUCCGCAAACGGUGGCCGGAGAAUUAGCCAGGACGGUCAGCGGGACUUAGACCGGAUUGCGACCGCUGUUGUUGAGGCAGAGCGGGAGGAGGCUGAUGAAGAUGAGGAGGUUGAGGAGGAGGAUGAAGAAUAGAGUUCGAGCGGCUCGUUCGGGCAUGGGUCACCAGGUGGUGUAUGGUUUUAAACGGCCCUCUCAUCUUUUUUAUCAUUGUAUGACCACAUGCGCCUCACACAAAAUAUGGCAUCAGCUCUCUCUAUCCAUCAGGACCAUCUCUCCGUCUGACGCCCAGGUAGGCUGCCCACCGUUCACUGGCCUUCCGGGGAGAAUCCAAUCUUGUCACAGCCGAUUGGACACACCUAUCUCACUCGGAUUCGCAGUGGGUUUUGGUAUCGUAAAGUAGCCGGUGAACAUGUUAUAGAACCAUGGCAUCCAUUCGGCCAUUCUUUUCUUAGAUAUGGCGUUCAUUACAAGGAGAGGAACUUUUUUCAAAACGAGCUAACAUUGACCUUAUCUUUUGGGGUUGUCCUCAUUGAAAGGCUCCGGAUCCUCUCUUUCUCUUGGCUCCGAAUUUCAUUCCAUCAUCUAGGUACUAGUCCAGGCUGUUCACAAGGAUUCACAGACACCCACCUGUACCCAAUAGACCACAACAAGCACUUUCACCAAC